AUGGCAGAAACAAGGUUGAGUUGCUUCAAAGACAAAAGAUGGUCACUCCAUGGCAUGACAGCUCUGGUGACAGGAGGCAGCCGAGGGAUAGGGCGCGCAAUUGCAGAAGAGUUAGCAGAAUUUGGGGCACAUGUACAUGUAUGUGCCCGUAAUCAACAAGAUAUUGAUCGAUGUCUGGAAGAAUGGAAUAGCAAAGGAUUUCGCAUAACAGGGUCGGUAUGUGAUGUUAUGUGUCGGGACCAACGUGAAAAUUUAAUGAAAACUGUUGCUUCAAACUUUCACGGAAAGCUCAACAUUCUGAUAAACAAUGCUGCAACAACUACACCUAAGAGCCUGAUAGAUUAUACUGCAGAAGACGUGAGUACAAUAAUGGGAACAAAUUUUGAGUCUAGUUACUACCUAUGUCAACUAGCACAUCCACUUCUCAAAGCAUCUGGACAUGGGAGCAUAGUAUUCAUAUCCUCCAUUGCAGGUCUUAAAGCUUUGCCAUUUAGUUCUAUCUAUGCAUCAUCUAAAGGAGCUAUGAAUCAAUUCACCAAGAACGUAGCAUUGGAAUGGGCGAAGGAUAAUAUUCGUGCAAAUGCUGUAGCACCUGGAUCUAUUAAGACAGCUCUUUUGGACUAUAUCAUGGAAUCUGUAGAUGAAGGGAAUAAAGUUGUUGAGGCUAUGAUAUCUCAAACACCAGCUGGUCGUAUUGGAGAACCAAAGGACAUAUCAGCAAUGGUGGCUUUCCUUUGCCUUCCAGCUGCUUCAUACAUCACUGGCCAGAUCAUAACUGUGGAUGGGGGUUUCAUUAUGUAA